AUGGCUGUAGCGCAGUCUAGUGCACCAUCGCCGAUCUCAGGAGCUCCUGGACAAGACUUUCCAGGACUUCCGGAGUUUUUUGUGUGGACUGCGUGUUGCCACGCGGCCAAUUCGCCUGACUUCUUUGAUGGCCUCUGCCAGGAGUACACCGACGGCCUCAAAGCCUCCUCUCCAGCUCUAGGUUCCUGGGAAGCUGCUGUGGCGACUACACAGGCAGCCUCGGUUGGCGUGAAACUUCAGCAGAGUCUUGCGUGGUGUGGCUUGGGAGCAUGUUUGAUGUGCUGUGCACUUGCCCUUCGUGGCUUAAGUAUGGAAGGUGCAGCACCUGAAGUACAGACCGACAUCAACACCAACGCUGUUUAUGGAUCCACGGCAGAUCUUGCGGAGACGCUCUUCAAGAGAUCUGGUUGCAGCCCCAUUGGGAGUGACAGCAUGCAGAAGACGGGUGAGCAAGGCUGCAUCUACUUCAGCAUCUUCGAGAACCAGAACCACGCCGAGCAUGAGUUCGCGGCCAACUGCGUGCCGGCGACCGUGUGCAAGGAGGACGUUGUGGGCAUGACAAAGGGCAUGGUUGCAACCUACGGCGUGGUCUUGCAGAUCCUGCAGGGCAACCUGGGCUCGCUGGCCUGGAUUGGAGAAGGGCCCACAGAGAGCUGCUUCGCCGGCAUGAACAAGAUCAACAUGGGCCAGGUGGAUGAGGUGAUGGUCAAGUCGCCUAUCAAGCUGGGCCCCAUUGUCCUGGGCUAUGAGGAGAAGCUGUCCAUUGAAGGCAUGGAAAAGCUCAAAGCUGCCGAGUCCUUAAGCAAGUGCAAGGAUGACUCGUCUGUUGGGUACCUGUUUAUCCACAAGAACCAGUACUGGUCGGGUGAGAAGAGCGCCACCGACCUCGAGGCCUUUACCAAGAUGAAGCAGGAGAAGGAAGAGCAGAAGAAGGAGAAGCAGAGGCAGCAACAACUGAAGCAGAUCGAGGCAGCUCUGGCGGCCAAGAACAAGGAGGAGGCGGAGAAAGCGCUGGAGAAGGCUGGCGCCGCCCCUCCGGCCAUCGCCAGCAAGUCGGUAGACAAGGAUGCCGUUGCUGCCGCCAAGGAGUCCGGGAAGAUCAAGGGUGACGUGAAAAUCAGCACCGACAGCGGCGCCAAGAUUAAGAUCGAUGCGCAGCGCCGCCUCUCGCGAAGCGGACUCCCACAGCACCGUCCCGAAGACGUCUUGAUCUGA